AUGGCGAGAAAUACCCGCCUCUUGAACCGCGUUCAGUUAAGCAAGCCAACUGCUGCUGGAAAGGACCAGCUCGCUCUACUUGUCGCCCAACGCAAAGUUGUUGCCUUCAGAGACCAAGAUCUUGCGGAUCUACCAAUCCGAGAGGCCCUCUAUUUUGGAGGCCAGUUCGGCCGCCAUCAUAUUUACCCAACUAGCGGAGCUCCAGAGGGCUAUUCUGAGAAUCAUCUCGUUCACCGUAACAACAGUGCGUGGGAACUUGAUGAGUAUCUCGCUGAAAAGAACAGCAGUAUCUCAUGGCACUCUGAUGUCACAUAUGAGCAGCAGCCACCGGGAACCACGUUCCUAUAUAUCCUUGAUAGCCCUGAAGUGGGUGGGGAUACUGCUUUCGUCAACCAAGUUGAGGCCUAUAACCGGCUUUCGCCUGCGCUCAAGGAGCGUCUACAUGGGUUAAAAGCUGUAAACUACGGCUUUGACAAGGUUGAGCUUAGUCUGCAACGUGGUGGGGUGGAUAGACGGGAGCCAGUGAAGAACGAGCAUCCUCUCGUUGGAACUCAUCCAGUGGCUGGCGAGAAAGCACUUUUUGUCAACGGUGGAUUCACUCGCAGUAUCGUCGGACUCAAAAAGGAGGAGAGCGAUGCGCUUCUGGGUUUCCCACUGGCUCACGUGGGUCGCGGCAUUAACUAUCAAGCUCGUAUUCGUUGGGCUCCAAAGACUGUCGAUGUUUGGGAUAACCGUGUCACGGCUUAUUCUGCGAUUGUUGACUGGACGACUGGUGAUCGUCGCCACUUGGCGCGCAUUACCCCACAGGCUGAGCGCCCGUACGAGACACCAUUCAUUCCAGAGGAUGGUGAUACUCCGGCCUGA